AAGCGGGAACUCUCCUCUCUCUCUCUCUCUCUCUCUCUCUCUAAAAGCUUCCUCCACACACCGCGCGCAGUGAGCUCAGCUCGCAGAAAUUCAUCGUCGAGGAAAAUGGAAGCGCCGAAGCACACAUGCUUGAAACUCGAAAUAGCGAUGGGCGGCGGCGAACCCGUACCCAUUUUUGUGAAGGGUACAUGGUACCCGACCCGCUUCGACCUUGCCAUCACCGACGGCCACCGAGCUUGGACUUGCAACGCUACUGAGGAAGCGGUGGAGGAGAGAGCGUCGUAUUGGGAUCAAACGGCGUCGUACUACAUUGACUUGGCCGAGAGGUAUCUCGGAUUUCAGCAACCCGGGUCGGUUUACGGGUUCUCGGAUGCUGGAGACGGUUGCAAACGGUUAUCGUGGACGUUUGAGAAGGAAGGUAUGAAACUGGAAUGGCGGUGGAAAUGCCAGCCUUCGCCCAAUAGCAAGGCAACCACAGUGGAAGUGUUGGACUUUCUUAUGGAUGCUAACAUAAAGCUGAGUGAGGAAGUUGUAUGGAAAUCGCAAUCGUUCGACAAGCUCAAACUGGAGGCUGAAAAAUGCCUAGCACAAAGUGAGAAACUCAGCAGUGACAAAUCAGAGUUUGAAUCUGAAAUCUAUGGAAAGUUUGUUCAGGUCUUGAACUCCAAGAAAGCGAAACUGAGAGCGCUACGCGAUAGGCUCUCGAGACAACCCUCGGCUGAAAAUUUUCCUCAAGAAGAUGAAGUGUCCUCAGACAGGACUGAGAGCUUAGACGAAGAAAGUGAUGAAGAGCGCGACAGGCACUCCAGACGACCCCCAGCUGUCAAAAAAACCGAUAAAGAAGAAGUGUCCUCAGACAGGACCGAGAGCUUUGACGAAGAAGGUGAAGACACGGCAAAGAAUGGCGGUGUUUCCUCCUCUAAAAAGGCCGAUAAGCUCUCCAGACCACGCCCGGCUGUCAAAAAACCCGAAAACGAGGAAGUGUCCUCAGACAGGACUGAGAGCUUUGGCGGAGAAGAUGAAGACGACGCGGCAAAGAAUGGCGGCGUUUCCUCCUCUAAAAACGCCCCAACCAUUAAUUCCCGUGGUAGAAAAAGGAAGUAAGCCUCCAUUUUAAACAACUGAAGCUGCUUCUUACUUUAGGGAAAUGUAUGUAGUGAGGCAAAAAAAUAUUAUAGCCGUAUUAAGCUUAGUAAUAACAUAAAUAGUAGCCACUAAUUUAAAAAUUUAUAAAUGCUAGCCAUUCUUACCAAAA